AUGGGUAAUCGAGAAUCGUCAACGAAGGAAGAGGACGGGAAGCAGCAUCAGAAUGACCACUUGCCUCCUCUGUAUCGCUAUGUUGACAUGCAUGGUGGUGGUGAAUUAUUACCUUGGAUAAGAUAUGCCAAAAAUAGCGGUGACUAUUCGAUCAUCGAUGAGUUCCUCGAUACGAAGAUCAAGGAUUUCAUGUACAAUUCGGGAAAAGGAAAAAUGGUGGCGGUUGCUGAACUUGUAAAAAUUCGUAACAAAGAGCGAAAUGCAAUGUUGAGUGCACUGAAGCGCAAAAAAGGAAAAGGCAAAAGUGGCCCAAACAUUCUGGACGAUUUUAAUCAGGAAGGAGAAAAUCAAGGAGAUUUGAAAAAAGCACUGAAACUUCUGGAAGGCGGCGGACGGCGUGGAGAAGCAGAUUCAAAGUAUCGUGAGGUGGCAUGGAAGCUGGAUGAGCGUGGCAACAUGGGAGAGAAUCUAGUUGGAGUUUGCUUGCUACAAGGAACAGCAGUGCAUAAUCAGCUCGCGCGCCGCCUGAUUACUACUUACCCAAAACUCGUCAACGAUAUUUUUAUCAGCGAAAAUUAUUAUGGCUUAUCGCCUUUACAUCAGGCAAUUAUAAAUGAGGAUCCGGCGAUGGUUAAUUUUCUACUUCAGCAAGGAGCAAAUAUCAAUCAGCGUUGCUACGGCGCAUCGUUUUGUCCAGAUGACCAAAAAAGCAGCCGAACCGAUUCGCUGGAGCACGAAUACGUCGAGCUAAGCCAGAAAACAAGUUAUAGCGGGCGGAUGUAUUUCGGCGAAUAUCCUUUAUCAUUUGCAACUUGCAUUAAUCAAACCGAUUGCUUUCGUCUGCUGAUUGCCAAGCGAGCCGAUCCGAAUCAAAAAGACACCAACGGAAACACUGUGCUUCACCUUGCAGUCAUUCACGAGCAACCAGAAAUGAUCAAGCUGUCAUACAAUAUGGGCGCUAAACUUCAGAUAACGAACAAUCAAAAUUUAACUCCUCUAACGCUGGCAGCUCACCUCGCAAAAAAAGAGGUACAGUUGCCAAGUUUCGCUACAAAAGAUUACCAAGAUCGGUCGUUAGUCUGGGUAUUCAUUUACGUUAUUAGUAUGCAGCUGUGUCAAACUUUUCAUUCUUGA